CAAAAUAGUGGAAGAAUUUUGGUGGCGUUUCAAGUGUGACCCAUCGGAGCAAGAGAAGGCAGAUGGUGUUUUGGAGGAGAACUUAACUAGGAAAGUGAAGCAGAUGCUACAUGAGGAAAAGGCGGCAGCCAUCAAAAGAUUAAAGAAGAAGGGACAAUUGCCUACAGAACUAACAGAAGAGGAUGAGGAUGGUAACCGCUGGCCAACUAAGGAAGCUUUAAUUUCUGCAAAGAGAGUUGACUUUGGUACAGACGUUGGUUGGCGUCUACUAUGUGAGCACUGGAGUAGUACUGAAUUUAGAGGGUUAUCUUUAACCAACAAAAGGAAUAGACUUGCUAAUGGGGACACGGUCUUCCAUUGCAGUGGUGCUAGAAAUGUUGUCGCCACAUGUCAAUUUCUGAAACUCAAAACCGGGAAAGACCCUGGAAUUUCUGGUGCUUGGCUUCACACGCACAAAUUGCAUCGAGGGACUGAUGAAGAGCAGAUAUGCAGUCAAAGAACUGCUGAUCAUUGGGAGGAUUUUGAUAAGGCAAUGAAAAAUGCCCAUGGAGAAAAUUGGGAAGAGGAGCACCCGGAUUUAGAUGGACAAAUCAUCUACGAAGCAGCAGGCAGAAUGCCACAUGGCAGGCUGGGAAUUGCUAAUGAGUUGUUUAGCAAAGCAGAGAAGGCGAAGUUUAAGUCUAAAAGGGCGAUGGCCUCACAGCCGGUGCAAUCUGCUAAGGAGGAGCGUCUAGAAAGAGAAAACAAAUAUUUGAAGCAGGAGAUCAAGCGUCUUCGAGGCAUUGAGCUUGUUGUUCAGUCUUUGGCUGAGAAAGGGGGAGUCGACUUUGAUGGCAUAAUGCAAUCAGCAACAGAUGACUUGUCUCCAUCAUAUUCUGAAGGCGGAUUUCAAAGGGGACGAGGUGAUGUGCCUCAACACCAAACCGAAAAGGGAAUGGGAAGCAGGACUGGAGGCAGUACGAGUCAUGGAAAUGAUGAUGAGGACGACGACUAUGGCAAUGGGGGAUAUGGUAACUAUGGCGAGGGUGAUCUGUAUGGUGAUGAGCACUAUGAUCACUAUGGUGAUGGGGAAUAUGAUGACUAUGGAGAUGAGGAUGACUAUGUCUAUGGCUAUGGCGGUGGCGAUGGCGAUGAUGAUGAUUGGCUAUAAAAUCUAAUGAUGUUCAAGUCAUGUCAAAAUGUAGUUGUGUUAGAUAUUUGAAACACUUUAUUAUCUUAUGGACAAAUUUGUCUUAGUGGACAAUUUAUCUUAUGCAAAAUGUGGCCUAUCUCAGUUACUAUUUUGUUCUGCAUUCGACAUUUGAUAAUUAUGGUUAAUGCAAUUU